AUGAGGGUUUACAUAUUUCUGGUGAUAAUAUCCGUGACAGCCCUCUGCCAAGCGGCGGGACGUGGUCCCAGCCAUAGUGUCACAUGGGGAUCACGCUCCUUCCGGGACAUGCAUCUGCGGCGCGAUAUCAUCACCGAGAAGUCCUCGUUUUUGAGAGUUGUCACAAGGGAUUUAAUCUUCAAGCAAAAUCCCAAACUGGCCCGAACCAUCACCCAAAUCGUGAUCACCGACCAGGUCCGCGACGGGCAGGGCGGCUAUGCCUAUCUGCAGGCCGGCGGUCCCCAGACCACCUACGCGAAGAUCCACUUCAAGAGCCAGCGGAACAAGGGCUUCAGCUUCAUCGUGGAUAUCUACGGACUUUAA